AUCAAAUGUUGAUUUUAAUCUGGACUUUGAAAUAGCCAAUAGACUUUACAGGUCAUAGGUCAUAUGGGACUGCCUAUAAAUUGAUGGACAUAUACAUUUGAUGAUUCUGAAACAGUCCUUUGACCAAGGUGCAGUUGCAGAACCAGCUCUUUUAUUGCAGUUGUGUUUCAAGAAUCUUUACUGGUUUCAAAACUAAGAAGAUGGGAACACAUUUGAUCUUGGUGGGUCUGCUGUCUAUCUGCAGUCUCUCUUUUGGUCAAGAUUGUAAUCAACAGCUUCUGGAGAAUGUGGAUUUCCCAGGAAACGACAUAACAUCUCUCUUCUCUCCUGAUGUUGAGCACUGUCGGCAGCUUUGCACCCAGCACUCCUCCUGUGACUUCUUUACCUUUGUUCGGGCUGACUGGAACAAAGAUGACAGGAACUUUUUCUGCUACAUCAAAGCCUCUCCCAAUGGACAGCCCACUGUUCAGGCUCCACUACAGGGUGUCACCUCUGGAUUUUCUCUCAAACCCUGCAGCCAAGACCUAGAGCCUUGCCUGUCUACGGUGUACCAGAACGUGGAUUUCACAGGUGCAGACUACCGAGCCUUGUUCACAGCAGACUAUGAGGAGUGUCAGAGGGCCUGCACACAGGACACUGCCUGUCAGUUCUUUACUUUACUAGACAAGGCCUUCACAUCAUUUGGUAACAGGUAUAGGUUUAAGUGCAACCUUAAAUUCAGCUGGCCAGUACCAAGGAUACCUGUUGUAGAAAAAAAGACUGGUGUAACAUCUGGAUUCUCCCAAAUAACACAAAUAAGUCAACAGUCAGUGUGUCAGAGCAAGCUUUUUCCAAACACUGACAUCCCAGGAAACAACGUCGAGGUUAUUCCUGCUGCCUCUCCUGAACACUGUCAGGCACUGUGCUCUGCUCAUUCAGUCUGCAGCUACUUCUCUUUUAACAGUAAUAACUUUAAUUGUAACCUGAAGAAAAACAACGAGGAAUUGGUGACCGAAGCUAAAGACGGAAUCACAUCUGGGUUACCAGCACGUUUCUGUCAGCUGGAUAACACCUGGCUUCAGGUGGUUUAUGAAAAUGUAGAUUUCCCAACUUCUGACAUUCGCUUUGAGCUGAUGGAUGAUGCAGACACAUGUCAGAGGACCUGUACUCAAGAUGCUUUCUGCCAGUUCUACACCUAUGCCAAUGACAACUUUAAUGAUCCUAUCUACCGGCGCCGCUGCUAUCUCAAGCGUACCAUCACCAUGCCUGCUCCUCCUAAAGUUGCCAAACUGGCCAAUGUGGUAUCAGGCUUCCAGCUGAGGAACUGUUAACAGUUAAACUACUGUGUAGAAUGCCACACACACACACACACACACACACACACACACACACACACACACACACACACACACACACACACACACACACACGCACACGCACACGCACACGCACACUCAUGCAGACAGCCAGCCCAGAUGCUGAUUAGAUCAUUGGAUUGGAUUUCUGUGUGUAAACAAGAGCAAUAAAAAAUAAGGAACAUCA